AAAUCUAAAUCAAGUGCCAUAUCCUUCCCGAAGCUUUUACCACCUUCUCAAGGCUAUGGAUAUUGGAAACAAUGCAGGGGAUGCUCACCAUCUCCGCAGAAACAGUACCAUUCAACAUGGACACAAUGUUCUGUUCAAACUACCUAACGGCGAGGUCCGGAGCAUAAAAGUGGAGAAAGACUCAACCAUAUCGCUAGGCCGGGUAGGCUCGUUCUUCGCAAACGAACUCAUUGGGCAGCCUUACGGUUUGUCACACGAAAUACACGACAAGAAACUCAAGCGGCUUCCCCCACGCGCGACGCAAGAUAUCGAGGAGACGGAUGCUACAAACGAGUUGAUCAAUGACGGGGAUUUCGUGCAACCUCUGACCGUCGCAGAAAUUGAGGAUAUGAAAAAAUCUGGCAUUCAUGCAUCUGAAAUUAUCAAGACUCAAAUUGAGCAGCAUGCCAACUAUUCUUUGAAAACGGAGUACAGCAAGGAGAAGUAUAAACAACGAAAAGAAGCAAAAUAUUCCAAGUGCUUUGAGGUCAUAGAGCCAACUAUAUACGGGGUCUGCGACUAUUGGUUCAAGAAGGACCAUCACAGGAUACGAGAUAUUCGAACCGAUACGCUUUCGCAAAUGCUCAAUCUGGCCAAUGUGCGGCCAGGGGGCAAAUACAUUAUCGUUGACGAAGCCUCCGGACUAGUGGUCUCUGCCGUUCUUGACCGACUUGGAGGCGAAUGCCGAAUCAUCUCAAUCAAUGACUCCGAUUCUCCCCCUGCGUAUCCCGUUUUGAACCUCAUGAAUUACGAUAAAAAAGCUCUUGCGUCAGUGCUGUCAACACUGAACUGGGCAACCGCUCAAGAGGACCAUGUCCCCAUCCACGCACCAUUGGACCCUACGCCAGGAUGCGUAUACUCCGAACGUCAGCGGGUGCGGCUGGACAAACGUAAGGCAGUGUCAGACGCCGUCAUGAAAACUAGGUCAGAGCUAUUCACAGGGGGAUUUGAUGGACUACUUAUCGCGAGUGACUACGAUCCCUUCCAGAUUGUGGAGGCCUUGUCUCCUUACCUGGCCGGAUCAGCGUCCAUUGUUGUGCAGAGCCAGUUUUUACAGCUUCUAGCUGAUCUUCAAGCCUAUAUGCGCCAAAUUCCCAGAUACCUAGCUCCGUCGAUAACUGAAGGAUGGCUACGUCGUUAUCAGGUGUUGCCGGGCAGAACACACCCAACCAUGAACACGUCCGGGUCAGGGGGCUUUCUCCUGCACGCGAUUAAAGUGUGCGUGCAAAUAUCCCUUCCGUGGUAUGAUGAAAAGUGACUGACCAAUGCAUACCGUAUGGUACUUCAGUUUUGAUGACACGUGUGAGUUAGGUAGUCAAAGCGGGACAGUUUCAAGAGGCCCCCCUACGCCGAUGCAACUGGACUUUCAGGAAAGGGGAACGUC